AUGUGGUUGAUCGGGUCCAAGACCCCUAAAGGAGACGGUUACCUGCGAGCUACAAGUCCGAACGAGCGUCGUUGUGUCGCUCGGGAAUCACUGGGCUUCUACCAUGCUCUGAUUGUGGGAGGUAUCUACCAGUUUUCUGAGCCGGUGGAACUGGCAUCCAUCUCAACCUACGUCCACGCCUUGCGACAGUGUGUGCGCCACCAUCCGCAGCUAUGCUGCACGGUCGCCGAGCCUGGAACCCAGUCACCCUACUACAAAGCCUGUGCUUGUCUCGACUUGAGCCGACAUGUCCAGAUCCUCCCACAACGCGAUGGACGUCACGGAGUCCAAUCCGUCGAGGAAGCCUUGCCGGUCAUGCUCGAUUCAAUGGGGCCUCCUCAUAUUCCGGCUUGGAAGAUCACCGUGAUCCCCUUCUCCCAGCAGAGAUGCUUUCUCGGCUUCUCCUUCUCUCAUUCCCUGGGAGACGGCAUGUCGGGCAUAGCCUUCCAUAGAACCUUCCUCGACGCUCUCCAAGAAACAGGCGUGGAAAGGGAGUUGAUCUGGACCCCCAACUUGCAGCAACUCGAUCCGCCAUUUGAUACAUCGACGAACCUUCCCAUCUCCUGGUCCUUUCUCCUUCGACCACUACUGGGCGUCAUCCUUCCCAAACGUGUCGCCUCUCUGCUUGGGUUCGGUAUCACGGCUCCUGCAGGCAUAUGGACGGCAUCAAAAAUGUUUUACAAUCCCGAAAAACACCAGACCUGUGUGAAAGUCCUGUCCAUCGAUGCGGCCACGGUCAAGGAAGCGCUCAAAGUCUGCCGGGCACACCAAGGAAAGCUGACGGGGCUGCUUCACCAGUUGAUCAUUAACUCACUGUCCGAGGCUUUCGCUCACCGCGACGACCUCGACCACCUUGCAGCACGGACGGCACUCAACAUGCGAGGGCCAGUCGGCAAGUCCAACGAUGAGAUGGGCAAUUUCAUCACAGCCGUCACUCAAUUCCACGCCAUCAAGAAAUUAGCCGGGUCCGACAUCGUUCAAGAGGUCGACUGGGAGUCGGUACAAGCUGUCACCGAGAGACUGGCCGCAGCAGCAAAGGAGCUACGAGACCAGCCCCUCGGUCUACUCAGAUACUUGAGCGACGUCCGCUCAUGGGUUUCGUCUCAGCUUGGUGAGCCGCGAGAUUGCUCGUAUGAGGUCAGUAACCUCGUCAGCUUCCAGCCGGCACGCCCUACGAGCCGGUGCGCUGUGACGGAGAUGAUCUUUUGCCAGCCGGCCGAUGUCCUCGGUGCGCCACUGAAUUUUAAUGUCGUCAGCGUCGCCAAUGGGCCUCUCUCCAUAGCCGUUAGCUGGCAAGCUGGCGCACUGGCUUUGGCUUCGGAAGAGGACGAGGACGACUUUGUGGAAAGGAUAUGUCAAGGGAUACGAUCGGGCUUUGGUCAGUUGGUCUCCAGAGCCCCAGGGUGA